AUUAUUCCAUCCCCUUCCACAGUUUGAGCACAAAAAUCGAUUCUGAUCCAAAGUUCAAAGCUUGAUAUAUAUCGAGCCAGAGAGAUCUCUAAAGAUAGAUCGAUCAUCAAAGAAUGGGAAAUAGCUUAAGGUGUUGUUUGGCUUGUGUUCUUCCUUGUGGAGCUUUGGAUUUGAUUCGAAUCGUCCAUUUGAAUGGCUGUGUUGAAGAGAUUACAGGUCCGAUCACUGCCGGAGAAGUUCUCAAGGCUAACCCUAAUCAUGUUCUCAGCAAACCCACCGAUCAAGGUGUUGUUCGCCGGAUUUUGAUCCUCUCGCCGGAGACUGAGCUCAAGAGAGGCACCAUCUACUUCUUGAUCCCGUCGUCGCCGUUGCCGGAGAAGAAAAAGCAGGGCAAUAAAACAGCUUCUUCCUCUAAGAUGAGCAAGCAGUGUACUGUCGGCGACGACGCUCAUGAUUCCUCAUCAUCACAAUGCAACAGAGUAGUCUCCGGCGAGAAGAAACCCUCAAGUAGGGAUCGCCGGCACAGCCGUUCCGGUGUAUGGCAGCCCUAUUUAAAGAGCAUAUCAGAGGACUAGUUCAACUGUUUUUGCGUUCUGCAGUCGCCGGCGCCGGAAUAAGCUGGCAAUCUGGUGGAACCGAGUUAAAUUAUAUAUAUUGAAACAGAUAUGUAUUUGUUGGCAAAAAAAGUAAAAAAAACAGAUAUGUAUUUGGGUAUUUUAUAUUGUGGAUAUAUAAAACAGUUAUCUUGUUCCUCAAA